AUGUCUUGGUAUACAAAUUCGUAUGCGGAAGAUAGAGAAUUGCUUGCGGGGUCGCCGAAGUGUGACACCGUACUUCUGCGCUUGACGAAUCUCCAUGUUCGAGGCAACCUCAUUCCUUGCGUCGAGCUCCUCCCUAAUCUCACGCUCCCCACUCUUGGCCGCCUCGACCUUGCCUUGGGCUCACUUGACUGCAGUCUCGGACGGAACCGUACCACCGAUAUCAUCGAAAUCGAAGUCUCCGAGGCUAUCAAGCCUCUUACCGGGUUGAUCGCGAACACUCGUAGCGAGUCCGCGGAUUCGGGAAAGACACAGACCACGGUCCGCCUAGGAGUAGGGGUAAAAGAGAAGAGGUCGGAGAAGAAUGGACUGCAAUAUCUGCAAGUCCCUACCCCGCUCGCCGAGACUGCUUGGGAAAGGCGAUUCAACGAUGCGCAAGACGUGACCAGACUCUGGCUCACGGGCGCCGACGAUGCGAUCGUCAACGCAUUGUCGAGGUGGAGUACAAUGACGGCGGGUACAACGGAAUUCGCAGAAAAACUUGCCCGAGCGCUGAAGUCAAGGCAAGAUGCUGGCCACCCUUUGGAACGGCUCCACAUCCGAGGAGCCGAAGGCUGGACGGAUAAUGAUGUGCGAAGCUUACAGAACGUCGUGAAGGAGCUUACUGUGGAGACCUCGGCAGACGUCCAUGUCGUGACCGAAAAAAAGGAGAACCGUUGGAAUUUCAUGGGCGGCAAGAAACUAUACUGGCAUUCUCGCGGGAGCGAGUGUGAGGUCCCACGGCAACACAUGUGGUCGGGAUUUAGUCCGAACGUGUGCUCAGUUACGCGCCAGCCUACGGCCGAGUCGUGA